AUUAAACCUAUUAUUUCUAGUUGCGACAUCGUCUUUUAGUUUAAAAGUUUCCGCUACGAGCCGCCACCAUACUUGUUGAGAUCGCAAUCAAAAUCGAUCGUAGUACAGUUCAAUGUGAAUCAGACACUUCUUUUAUUUCUUGAAUACGAAAUUGGUCUCGAUAUCGCCGCGUCUUGGACGUAAUUCGAUCAUGUCGGUCGCCAAGGCCGGCAAAAAUAAUCGCCGUUUGAGGAAAAGAGCACGAACGCUUACUUAAUGACGCACCGCGGCGUGUUAUUUUAUCUCGGAGUUGCUUCCGCGGGAUACCGCAGUAUCCUUUCGAAUCGCGAGUGUUUGUGCCGCGCGUAACUGCCUCGGCCGCGUGAUUUGUCAAAAGUACAUCGGCUUUACGAGUGAAACGAUGACACGUCGAUGGAUGACGACUACCGUCCUCUUCUUCUUGGCGACGCGACUCUUCGUGUUUGUUCAUUCGCAGUACAAGGACCACGAGAGACUCUGCGAGUCCCAACAGACCUGCCAGAGGUGCCUGCAAACGCCGCAAUGCGCCUGGUGCUCCACGACGAACGAGAAUGCUCCUCCGCUGCGAUGCGUGUCCAGAGAAUCGUUUUUGAGAAGAAAUCAUUUCUGGUGUUCAGAAUCGGAUGUCGUAUAUUACAAUAAUAGUAUGACUGUGGAAGAAAAUCGAUCUUUAUCCUCAAUCAAAGGUAGUGAAGUUCAGGUGCAACCUCAAAAAAUACGCUUGCAUCUUAGGCGAGGUGAGGAACAACGCGUGAUUAUGAAAUACAGACAGAUUGAAGAUUACCCCGUGGAUCUUUAUUACCUCAUGGAUCUAUCUGCAUCCAUGGAGCCGUAUCGGGAACAGUUGUCGAAGCUCGGCCUGCAGCUAGCGAAAGCUAUGCAAAACCUCACGUCGAAUUUCCGCAUCGGCUUUGGCAGCUUCGUGGACAAAGUCACUCUUCCGAUGACUAAUACACAGCCUGAAAAACUAAGAGAACCUUGCUAUUUGGACAACAGAAAACAACCGUGCGCACCGCCUUACAGUUACAUCAAUCAGUUGCGUCUCACAGAGAAAGUAAUGGAAUUUGAGAGCCAGGUACAAAGAGCGCCAGUCUCCGGCAAUCUGGACAGACCCGAAGGCGGACUAGAUGCUAUGAUGCAGGUCAUAGUAUGCACCACAAAAAUCGGCUGGCGCCAAAAGGCACGUCAUCUCAUCGUGUUCUCGACCGACGCGCCGUCCCAUAUCGCCGGUGACGGUAAACUUGCAGGGGUGGUCGAGCCCAACGAUUGCAAGUGUCAUUUGGACGACAGAGGAGCCUACAAUUACUUCCUCGAGCAGGAUUACCCAUCGAUUUCUCAGAUCAAUCGGAAGGCACGUGAGCACAACAUGAACAUCAUCUUCGCAGUGCCUCAUAUUAGGAAUAUUACCUAUUCGGAAUUGAGUCGCAAAAUCAGUGGAUCCUCAACCGGAAUUCUCAAGGACAAUUCGGAGAAUGUCAUUGCUUUAGUGAGCAAAGAAUACGAGAAAUUAGUGGACACGGUAACGCUGGUCGACACCGCGCCGAAGAUGAUCGAUAUCAAAUAUUUCUCGAGGUGUUUAAACAAGACUGGAGAUUUACUGGAACGUCACGAAUGCGAAGGACUUCGCGUACAUAACGACAUUGAAUUUGAGAUUGUGCUUAAGGUCACGGAGUGCCCUGCGAAUCCGAAGGAUUGGAAACAAACUGUACAUAUCAAACCCAGAGACUUAAAUGAGACUCUGACUAUCGACGUAGAGAUCAUAUGCGACUGCCCUUGUGAGAGACCUGGGAACUCGGGAUAUCAGCCGAACGCCACGCAGUGCAAGGGUAACGGCACCUCGGUGUGCGGCGUGUGUUUCUGCAAUCCCGACUUUUACGGGAAGAAGUGCGAGUGCAAGGUAAACGAGGUUCGUGGUAGCAACGCGAUCUCGACCGUCGACUGCAAACCCAACAACCAAACCGACGAGAUCUGCAGCGGCCACGGCACGUGCAAAUGUGGCGUGUGCGACUGCGAAAGACGACCGAAACCAAAGGAAUUGUUCUACGGCAAGUACUGCCAAUGUGACAAUUUCUCUUGUCAACGUAGCGGCGGCGAGCUUUGCGGCGGGAGGGGUAGGUGUGACUGCGGUACCUGCAAUUGCGAUCCAGGAUGGGGUGGCGAGAAGUGUGACUGCAAGGAGAGCAACAGCACAUGCAUCCCGCCGUCGAGCGGGAACGUCGAGAUUUGCAGCGGUCGCGGCGAUUGCAUCUGCGGCAGCUGCCACUGUCAUGAAUGGAACAAUAUCCGAUACUCCGGGGAAUAUUGCGAGGAGUGUCCUACAUGUCCAGGACAACGAUGCGAGGAGCUCAAGGACUGCGUGGAGUGCACGGUGUACAAAACAGGACGGCUUGCAAAGAACGGAAAAUGCAGCUUAUGUUCGCACGACAUUGAUAUCAUCAAAGUCGUCGAAGAAGAUCCUUCGGACGAGGAGACCGGUGCCCGCAUAUGUCGUACACCCGGCGACGAAGGCUGCACGUUCGUUUUCAAAUAUCAGUAUAACAGUAAUCGCGGGGACAUCAAACUCUACAAGAUUCAAGCUCAAGAAGAAAGAUCCUGUCCGACACCUAUUAAUGCCUUGGGUGUUGCGCUGGGCGUCAUCAUAAGCACCGUCGUCAUCGGUUUCCUGAUUCUCCUCAUUUGGAAGAUCCUCACAAUGAUCCACGACAAGAGAGAAUACGCCAGGUUCGAGAAAGAGCGCGCCCUCGCCAAGUGGGAUAGGGGUGAGAAUCCUCUCUACAAACCGGCGACGUCCACCUUCAGCAAUCUGGCAUACAAUGAGAACACGAAUGGAUAAUUUAUAAUUUAAACUCAUUGUGAUAUAUCACAAACUUAGCAUAAGUUAUGCUUCAAAUUAUAUUUCUCCUAAAAAAGAGAAAUUAUAUUUCUCCUCGUUAAAAAUUAACAUAACGCUUUGAACAAGAAGUCGGCGAAGUUGCUUUAGCUUCAGUGAUAUUAUUUUUAUAUAACGCCAUUUUUAUAUAUUUUAUAUAUAUUUUAUAUAUACACUGAAACUUAGUGGUCACCUUUGCAUUUUUUAAAUUGAUAUUCUAUUUCUUGCGUAAAAGACAGAAUUUUGAAAUUUUUUAAUUUUCAUCAAACGCCUCCUUUAUUCUGACGGAAUAUUCAGUUCAAUUAUAUCUUUUACACAAGAAACAGGAUAUUAAAAAUGAAAAUAAUCAAAGCUGAUCGUUUAUUAUCUAGUGUUAAGAUAUUUCUAGAUGUUAAGGACUGCUUAAUUUAUUGUUUUAUAUUUCGACGUUGCAAAUAUUGUAAAUACGUCGAUCAAUUGAAUUGAAAAAUACAUACGCACGGCGCGAGACGUUCGUGCACGUUCAACGAAACAAAAUGUAUACGAGUCUUAUACACUUUGUUGUAUAAAUGUCAUGGAAUCAUAUUACAUACGAGCGGGAAUACCCUUCGCAAGAGUAACGGGAGACUUCAACGCCAGUCAGCGGAUCUAUCGACUGGAUCCGACGACUGGCGCCGCGUUAAGUGAACGUCUCGAACGAGCCGCGGUGGCUCGCCAUGUUGUUUAAUUGCCGCAUAAUGAGACGACCAAUCGGCAGCGAGAAUUUCACUCACCGUCUCGUGCAAAAACGAGCAAAACUCACAACGGCUCUUUCUCCUUCUCCAUUGCCUCGCAUACUUCUCGCGCUCAUCGAGCUCGUAAUAAUACAUCUUCGCAAAUACUUCCUGCUUCCCCCUAUUCAUUGCGAGAUCUAGUCGCGUAGGUUUCCCAGCGGCACUUUUCAUCAUUUUGCUCUAUCCUCGUAAAGCUACUUUCACACCGACCAGUCGCGGAAUCACGAAAAUUA